AUGCUAGGGUACAAUGCGGCAAAACGUGAAACCAUUGCCACAGUCUGGUACUGGUAACACAGAAGCGAAGUAGAAGUUGGAAUUUACAAGGAUUCAUGAACGCAGCAGGGACGGCUGUCACCGUUGUGGCGUCAAGAUGGUGAAAUUCGGGCUGCAGUUCAAAGCCACCCUGGAAAACGUGAGCAACGUGCGGCCGCUGGGGGAAGACUUCCGCUGGUUUCUGAAGCUGAAGUGUGGGAACUGCGGGGAGAUCCCAGAUAAGUGGCAGUAUGUGACUCUGGUGGAGAACGUUCCCCUGAAAGGAGGCAGAGGGAGUGCCAGUAUGGUGCAGAAAUGCAAGCUUUGUGCACGGGAGAAUUCAAUCGAUAUCCUGAGGGACACCAUUACCCCCUAUAAUGCGGCGGACAACGAGACGUUCAAGACGAUGGUGCAGUUCGAGUGCCGGGGCCUGGAGCCUGUUGAUUUCCAGCCACAGGCCGGCUUUGCUGCAGAAGGAGCAGAGACUGGAACGCCAUUUCCUGAAGUCAACCUGCUAGAAAAAGACUGGACGGACUACGACGAGAAAGCCAAAGAGUCUGUGGGAAUCUACGAGGUCACGCACCGAUUCAUCAAGUGUUGAAGUCGUUCUGUGAAGAGCCUUGGAGCAGGACAGAUGGGACACUAUGGUUGGAUAUCCUCAGUCCUGGCUGCUGCCAAUCAGGAUGCUUUGCCCCCCCGAGGAGGUGUGGUUUUGUUCAAGAUGAACAAUGAGAGAUGGUCAACACCACGAGCCAUUCGUUCGUGUUUCUUGGAUGGAUCACUAUGCUCAAUAGACAUGACCCUUACGCAUUGUGUCAAUAAAGGUGAAGAUGAGGGGGUCUCA